UUCAUCGCACCAACUGUGUGUCAAUGUCAUACCAUUAUUUUCGCCAAAACACCAUUGUCAUAUGACAACAUCGUAAACAGUGGCCAUUUUUAUUCGUUGAUAGAGUGUGCUUACGUUCGUGAAAUUAUCAACCUUUGUUAUUAAUUUAAUCUACACAAAGACUGUGCAAACUUGGGAACGUGGUAUUCUUCUGACGUACAGCCCGAACCAGGCAAAAGUUUGAUGCAGAUGAGCGACUGCAGCAAGAACUAGUAAUUUUACUGUCAAGUUCAGCCCUCCUCUCCUCCCCCGAUGUCUCACCCAAUCAACUCAAGCGGAGACAAACCUCCCGCUUACAGUCCACCAAGUGGUCAGGCUUACGGAGAACCUCCUCCGAGUGGCCAACAACCUUAUGGACAGCCCCAACCUGUGAACUAUCCAGCAGGGACACCAUACCAAGGAGGAUACCAGGCAGGUGCACCCCCGGGCUACCAGCAAGCAACCGGUGCCCCACCACCACAAGGCAGCUACGUCCCCGCUCAACCCAUCACCCUCUCAACAACCAACGUGGUGUUGGUCGGAGGUUGUCCGGCGUGUCGUAUCGGCAUAUUGGAAGAUGACUUCACGUUGCUUGGUGUUUGCUGUGCUGUGUUGUUCUUCCCUCUGGGCAUUCUGUGCUGUCUGGCCAUGAGACAACGUCGAUGUCAAAACUGCGGUGCCGUCUUCGGAUAAGUAUCAUAAUCUUCGCUAAGGAAGGGUACAACAUGGGUCUGUGGGUGUUGGGGAAGCACAAACAGGGAAGUUUAUUAGAACCUAGCUCCAUGAUUUGUUGGGUCCAAAUAAUAACAGCAACGCAGCUUUUGAUGAUUUGUCAUCAGAGCUUUUAAAUUGGGAAAAAAGGAAAGCAAUUGCUACUUGUUAGUGAAAUUUGUCAUCUGACUCAUUGAAUUGUAAUCACGUUGUAAUAUUCCUUGGAGAUGAAAACUAACUUCAUGUCUUGAACCAUUUCAAGGUGGAGGGGUCCUCACACGCUGCUAUCCUGUCCGCCAUCAAGGGAGGCAAAAUGUACGCAAAGGAAUUGACUCCCAAAAUGGAAGACGCGUCAUGUGCAAGGGGUCAUGAUUGUGUAGAUAGCAUUGCCUAAGUCCUAAGUUAGGACUGGUCCUAUCUCUUAGCAUUGCCUAGGACUAGUCCUAAGUUAGGACUACCUUUGUGAAAUCCACCCCUGGACCACCACACCUCAAAAGGAAAUGUUAUUCACAUGGUGUCUCUCUCUUCACAACUUCUUGAUUUUCUCAUAUCUCGUACUUUUUCCGGAAAUGAUAUAAGGAAUAUCUUGUUGCGCAUGUGUUAUUAUAUAUGGAUCAAGUAAUAUAUAUUAAUAAAUAGAUUUAUAUUUUUCUUGAUGAUGUAAUGAUAGAAUGUUCAGUUGCUGCCUAUAGACCUUAUGCAUUGAAGUCAUUGAGGCGCCAUCUUGGAUGUGCAGUGAUGAUGAAAGAGGGCGCCCUACUCAAAUGGUGUCAUUUGCAUAAGGUCUGUGCUUUAACUAGGAACUUUUAAAAAUGGUUCAGACAUUUCUACAGUUGAUGAACAUGCACUGUAUGUUUUCAAUUUCGACAAACCUAACAUGACGAAAAAUAUGUUUUUACCAAUUGAUGCAAAAUAACCACUUGAGAUAUAAAUGUACUUGCAGACAGCAUUGUUUGCACAGCUGACCUUGGUACCACUCAUUGACUGCAACAAGUACCACACCUUCAAGGUUAGCAUUGGGUUCAUUGAUUUCUCGUUUGCAUGACUGGUACUGGUACCACAGACUGCCACAGAGUACCAUACCUACUAGGCUAGCAUUGGGUACAUGGGCCUCUUCAGUUGUACAUAGAUCUAUAGCGGAAACUAAUACCACAGACUAUCACAAAGUACCACACCUUCUAUGCUUAUAAUGCUGGAAUGUGGUGCAUGGGCUUUCUCUGUUUCACCAGUCUUCUGGGGUAUUUCGUGGCAUGAGUCAGCUGGGUUGUUCAGACCUGAUCCUUCACAGACAUCAGGAGGCAAUUACCUCCACCACCUUGUUUUCUCUUGAAAUGUCCCGGGUACAGAUUUACAUUUUGUCCAUUGACAAACCCUUUGUUACAGUAAAGCUGCCUUGCCCUCACAAGGACACAGUAAAUGCUUAAUAAUAAUAAUAAUAAUAAUUAGGUUUGUUCAGUAAUGCUGUAUCUGUAUGCCCACGUGUGCCUUAAUGAGAUGUCAGUACAUGAUAUGAGUGCCUGGCUUCAGUAAUUUAAAAGGCCAAUGUAUUUGCACAUGUUUUCACUCAGAUCUGCAUGGCAGAUAAUACCUGUAAACAGGGCUAGGUAUCCUAUCUUAAGCAGAAUUGUUUGUGAAUGUUUAUAUUAAUACUUAGACUAGAGUUAGCUUUGGAAUUCUAAAACCUUAGCACAACGGUAAACAUUUGAACUUGUUGCAUUCAAUUUGCUUCUGGUUUGAUACUGUUUGAUUAGAACUUUUGGUUGCAUAAUGCAGAGCUGUCAACUCUCUGAUUCUGCAGAAAGUGCCCUGAAGUUAAACCAAUCUUUCCGAGUUCUGAUGAACAAACUUGAAAGUCCAUCUGACUAUUGACCCAUUUCACCUGACGUCAGCAGCAGAAAAUCUUGAAUGCGCCAUACUGGUGGGCAAUUUCACUGUGCG